AUGGAAUUACAAAGAGUUGCACAUGAAAUUGUAGAUGAAGUGAAUGUGGUUGAUUUGAUCCAUGAGAAUGAAACUAUUCAAGGUGAAAAUGAAAGUAAAUCUGGAGAUGAUGUUACACCUAAGUCUAAAAAGGAAAAAACAUCAAAUGCGGAUUGUUGGAAAGUGUUUACUAAAAUUGGGAAGGAUAAAGAUGGAAUUCCAAGGGUUAAGUGUAAUGGUUGUUCAAAGAUUUUGAAGGGCGGCGAUAGGAAUUAUGGUACCACGAGUUUGAAUCGUCAUAUGAAAAAGUGCACUAAAAUCAAAUAUGCUGAUGUAGGUCAAGUGAUGGUUGACUUGGAUUGGUUGAAAUAUUUGAACCCUGAUUUUUCACCUAUUUCACGGAAUACUGUUAAGGCUGAUGUUGAACAACUAUUCAAGAUGGAGAAAGAAACACUUAAGAAGGAAUUAGCUAACAUUCCCUCUAGAAUUUCAUUAACUUCUGAUUUGUGGACAACUUGUACUACCGAGGGUUAUAUUUGCUUGACUUCCCAUUAUGUUGAUUCUAAUUGGAAUUUGAAGAAUAAUGCUUCAGCUAAUGACAUGAUAGAAAGUGUCAAAUAUGUGAAGGGCUCAGAUGGUAGAAUUAAAAAAUUCAAGGAACGCAUUGAACUCAUUGGUGGUGUUGAAAUUUCGGCUGGUUUGUCUUAUGAUGUUUCCACUAGAUGGAACUCUACUUAUUUGAUGCUUCAAAGUGCAUUGAAGUAUCAAUGUGUAUUUGGAAGUCUUAGUUUUCAUGAUGAUAUAAGUGUGGUUCUUGCUUUAGGAGCAGUUCUUAACCCGAGGAUUAAGCUUACCUCUUUGGAAUAUAUGUAUGAAAAAGUUGAUCCACUUACCUCAAAUCUUAAAACAGAGGAAAUAAAGCAGAAGUUGUACACUCUUUUUGAGAUGUAUCGUUCCCUUCACACUUCAUCUUUAACAACUUCUCAAACUCCAUCUUCCAACGCUAUAGGAGAAUCAAGUUCUCACGCGUUCACUAAAGGUUUAUUCAAUGUGUAUUGGAUGAUGAUGAAGAUAAGGAAUAUGGAAGUUUGGAAAAAAGAAUUACAACAGAAGCGUCUUUUAUUUAUGACUUAG